AUGACCUCCGUCAAUGACAUCUGGACCGAUGACUUUUACGAUGACACCUCAUCGCAUGCCCAGAACGAAUCUCCGGAAGUUAAAAAGCUUAGAUAUAGCCAUUCCAAGCGUGGCUAUUUGGACGGAAUCACAUCUUCUAAAGAGGAAAACCUUCAAACUGGGUUCAACGCCUCUUUUCCUGAAGGUUCUACACUGGGAAUAAAAGUUGGAUAUAUAAUUGGAACUCUUCACAUGCUUUCGGUUCUAUAUGGUGAAGACGACAAAUCUCUGCUUCAGAAGAAUGAGCAGGCCAAAAGGGAACUUGGCAUAUCCAAGAUUCUGAGCAAGAGUGAAUUUACUGAAAAUUGCGAGUUGAUAGCGUCAGAUUCUGGCGAGCACAGGAUAAUAGACAAAUGGUUACACACGGUUGACGAGUUGAAGAAGAGAUACUUUACAAAUUAA